GACGUCAUCACUCAGUCACAGCGUCUGUCUCGGCUCUGUUGGCUGUGACCGAAGCGAAAGCAGCUGAGACAUAAUCAGACUGCAUUUAAAUAAUAGUAAAGAAAAACAAAAUAAGGAACGCCCGACUUUCCGAGUCAACCGUGAAAACGGUCCGAGUGACUCAUUCAACACAGCGAGAGGGGCAACAUGUCCGAGACGUACGACUUUCUCUUUAAGUUCCUUGUGAUUGGCAGCGCCGGGACAGGGAAAUCCUGCCUUCUUCAUCAGUUCAUUGAGAACAAAUUUAAACAGGACUCCAACCACACUAUCGGCGUAGAAUUUGGUUCCAGAGUGGUCAAUGUCGCCGGGAAGACGGUCAAGCUGCAGAUUUGGGACACUGCCGGCCAGGAGCGCUUCCGCUCUGUGACGCGCAGCUACUAUCGCGGAGCAGCCGGAGCACUUCUUGUCUAUGACAUUACCAGCCGAGAGACGUACAACGCCCUGACCAACUGGUUGACAGAUGCACGAACACUAGCGAGCCCUAACAUUGUCAUCAUCCUGUGUGGCAACAAGAAGGACCUGGAGGCAGAGCGAGAGGUUACAUUUCUGGAGGCGUCGCGCUUUGCUCAAGAGAACGAGCUGAUGUUCUUGGAGACCAGCGCGCUGACAGGGGAGAACGUAGAAGAGGGAUUCCUCAAGUGCGCUCGCACCAUCCUCAACAAGAUCGACUCAGGAGAGUUGGAUCCAGAAAGGAUGGGCUCAGGCAUCCAGUAUGGGGAUGCGUCGCUGAGACAGCUGCGACAACCGCGAGGCAGCACCACACAGAACAAGCAGCAGUGUAGUUGCUAGGGUUGCGCACUGCUCCCAAACUCUUCGUUCAGUCCACAAGACGUCCCAUACAGCUCCAGGUGUUUUGGGGUGUCUUGCACACACCUCGGAGCACCUGGAUGAAUCGGUCAUGAAGACCACUACAACUCCGGGUUCUUGGCUUCUGGUAAGGUGUAUUUAUAUGUGUGAGGACUCUUUGGAGUAGUCUUCAGUCCUUACCAGACAUGGAUAAGUCAAUGGUUGUUUGUAUGGGAUGUCUUUUUUUUUUUUGUUUUAAUUCAUUUGCUUCCGUUACUGUCUUUAGUCACACAUGCGGUUCAAAAUUUGCGCCUAAUUUCAUUUAUGUAUAAUAUUUUUGAUUGGAGUGUUGCUCAGUUUGUUGACUUUUUCCAGAAAUUUUACUUCGUACGGUAUUUAACUCUUUCAAUUCCAUUCAUGGUGAUAGACGUCCAAUCAUAUGGCUCUCUUCAGCCUUAUGCUGUGAAUUUAAUUUGUAAUUAGUAGACGUCUGGACUGGAAGGGCUGGCAUCGAAUGGUCAUCCACUGCCAGAACUCACAGUUGAAGAGGAUUGGACAUCGAUAUCACUGUUAAUGGAAGUCAGUGACUUAAAUGGAAAGAUAACAGGUCUAUGAAGAGCCUCAUUACAAGAGAAUAUUGUGCAUUUGAGUUGAUUGGUGUCAUUUUUGGAUCUUGUUGUCCAGUCGUGAGCUUUAUAAAAGCACAAAAGUACAGAUCAUGCUCUAGUUGGCCCGAGUACUGUAUAAGUUGUAGUAACAGACCUCCCAAGUCACCCAUACUGACGUCACAGGAAACCACAUCUCCCACAGUUCCCCCAAAACGAUUAUAUAUGUGCUAGCCUGUUUUAUUUUUUUUUUACUUUCCCUCGGAAAGCACACAAGCUGAUCGAGAUCACAACGGGGAAUUUUCUUCAUUUCUGCACCACAGCUGGUGAGCUUUGUCGAGCUGCUGAGGCUGAAUGGAUGAGAAAACAAAACAAAAAAUCAGGUCAAACCGACCCAAAACUAACAAGUGUGUUUGCGAGCUCUCAAACGUACACAUUUUAGAAUCUCAAGUCAGCAGACUUGAAACAAAGAAGACACAGAAUCAUGAAAAUAGGAGAUAACAUAUCUAGAAAUGUACCAUAUAUCAAAUUGUUUUUGUUCAUUUUGUAAUAGUUUUGCUUCCUUCUGUGUAAAGAUGUAUUGGGGUCACACUGACAAGAAAACAAGGUCAUAAUAUCAUGGGUGAGAAAUUUUAGAUAAGAAUGAGGUUAGGUGUGAAUGGCUGAUAUAGGCUCCAACUUAGUCAAGAGUUGGCGUUAUAACUUAUUAGUACUAUUUUUCUCUUCUCGGUGUGGCCUCAACUCUCCUUUCCUUCUGCAAGUGCACUUUUACUUUUCAGAUGUUCUGUUUAUAUGCUGUAACUAAAGAAUUGUACAUUUUCAUUUGACUUGAAACUGUAAUAAAGAUUUUAAAUGCCAUUGUUUCUUAAUAAGAACAUCUGAGUGUGAAAUUGAUUUUUGCAUAGUGAGUUUCAUUUGUCCUGAAGAAUUUGCAUUAAACCUGCAACUGUUAUUAUUUUGAAAUGUCAGUCAGUUCACUUUAAAACACUCAGUUGUUGCUUGGUAACAAAUGACUAAUGAAUAGGACCAUACAUCUGGACUAAAACUUAUGUUGUAAAUAAGAGUUGUCUUUGGGUGAGUGUUGAUCAUUGAUUGUAACAAUUAUGCAAUCCCAGUAAAUCUUUUUCCAGUGAACAACUGAUGUUAUUUUGUCACUGACUACAUAAAGCCCCUUUCUUCAAAUCACACAACAUAUAUUUCAAUGGCAUACCCUUAAAUCAUGUAACAGAGACUGUGUGACUGUUCACAUCGUCUUCAACAGGGGCACAUUUGUCAAUAAGAACUAAAAAGCAACAUAGCAGGUUAUAAGGAAGGUUUAUUAUCACUGGGCUAACAUGAUGAACAAUAAAUGGUUGCCAAGACAUCUCAACCAUCUUGAUUUAUGCCCCUGGCUCGGUUCAGUUGCAGCCAGAGUGGUUUUAUGUAGCUGGAGUGUAUCUAUCGACUGAUUUAUUGAUCUUGGCCAGGCUGUCGGUUGACCUCAUGGUUCAAUUGCUCAAGAAACGUGUGAUGCUGACAGUUCGCCACGAGAUGGUGCCAAAGCACCAGACGGAGUCCUACAUUACGUCAUUCCUGUCUUUUAUGAAUAAAGUACUAUUGAUGCUAACUGUAAUGAGGCCAUUUCUUUGUGAGUUUCAGUUCAAUACUUUUUACGUAAUUGUUCCGUGUACACUCAAUAAAUGACAAGGAAUCCUUAGUUCGAAGUACACCAGUCCCUGGAGUAAAAAGUUCCUGUGGUCGGUAGUGUUGUCUUUGACCAGAAGCCUAAAGUUCUC